AUGCGCCUGUCUUCAUCAGAUCGAACAGAAUCUCUAGCUGACUCCACACCGGUAUCACAAUUGUCCAAAGGAAAGGGAAAAGCACGAGUGGAGAUCGAGGAGGAGGAGGAUGGUGAAGAUGUCGGCGAUGGAGAGUUUGCACCAGGCGGAGACGCGGACUACUUUGCCGAAGAAGACGAAGAGGGACGGUUUUAUGGAGGUGGAUUAACAGGAGAGCAGAAGCAAAUAUUGGAUAUCUUCGAUCAUGCACAAGGUGAAGGAGCGAUCGACAAUAUCACUGUUCCUGCUGUACGACGAUUAUCACAGCGUUUUGAACGAGCUGUGAACAAGAAUCAAGACCAACGAUCAAAAUACCCAGAUGACCCAACAAAGUUCAUCGAUUCAGAAGCAGACCUAGAUGCCGCUAUUCGAUCACUCUUGCCACUCGCUCAAGUGCCCUCCAUCGCGUACCCUGAGAUUGUCAAGCUGGGUACUAUCGAGCGAUUAGUUGGUCUCCUCGCUCACGAAAACGCCGACAUUGUCAUUACCGUCGUCGAAGUUUUACACGAGUUGACGGAUGAGGAUGUUGGUGAUGAAGCUGAUGAAGACGAAGAAAACGAACAAAAAAAGACUGAAACUAUGAAGGUGUUAGUAGACUCAUUGGUUUCAAACGCUGCCCUGGAGCUGCUAGUUCAAAAUCUCCCGCGCUUCAACGAAGAAGAGGAAUCGGAUCGACAAGGCAUCUUCCACACUCUGGGCAUAUUCGAGAACAUGAUCGGCUUUAAUCCUCAGCUAUCACGUGUCCUAGUCUCGAAGACCAGCAUCAUGAAAUGGCUGCUGGAACGCAUACAGAAAAAGGGAUACGACGAGAACAAGGGUUAUGCGGCUGAGCUGUUGGCCAUCACGCUCCAGGAGAACCGUGAUAAUCGGCUAGAGUAUGGCAAGUUGGAUGGCGUGGAUGUGUCACUUAGAGUGCUGUCGCAAUAUCGAAAGAAAGAUCCGGAUGAGGGUGAUGAGACUGAGUUUAUGGAGAACGUCUUUGACGCACUGUGCUCUGCACUUGCAGAGCCGGAGAUCAAGAAGUUGUUCGUCGAUGCAGAGGGUGUGGAGCUGAUGGUCAUCAUGAUGAAGGAGAAAAAGGUCGCUCACUCAAGAUCUAUCAAGGUACUCGACCAUGCCCUCUCAGGAGUGACAGGCACUGCAGGUUGUGAAACAUUUGUUGAAGCCCUCGGGUUGAAGACCCUCUUCUCGGCAUUCAUGGGCAAAGGAGAAAAGAAGAAGAAAGCUGCUGCUAAUGCAGCAGAGGACACCGCUCAUACCCUUGGCAUUAUUUCCAGUUUAUUCACCAACCUACCAUCUGACUCCCCGGCUCGCAUAAGGCUUCUGGCCAAGUGGGUCGAGGCCGAUUACGAGAAGGUUACCCGUCUAGUGGAAAUCCGGGAGCAUGCAAGGGCGAGGCUUGAGGGGGCCGAACAAGGGAUCGAGCAGGAGAAGAAGGAUCUUGCUACAGAAGGCGAGGAGAUGGGAGAUGACGACGAGGUUGUAUGGUAUCUACGGAGAUUGGAGAGUGGGCUCGAUGUUCUCCAACUGGUGGAUUACAUUGGUGCAUGGAUUAGCAUGGAGGACGAUGGCGCACGAGCGCGUUUCCAGGAAUUACUGAACAAAAAGGGCAAGUCCUUUGCGGACGUGGUAAAAGUCUUGAUCGAGUUCCAUGACAACAUCGGCGAGGAGAGCGAAGACGAACAGCAAACAGAUUCACCAAGCCAACGCACUAUCAUCGAGCAACUGAUACCGUUCCUGGAAGCAAGCGAGCAAUGA